UCCUUUCAAUAUCCAGACUCGCAACAAUUUCAUCCGUUUCCAAACAAUCACAAACAAAGCACGCAAACAAGACCAUCUUUUUCUCUCUCAAAAUGUCGUGGCAAACUUACGUUGAUGAGCAUUUGAUGUGUGACAUCGAAGGUACCGGUCAGCAUCUCUCCUCUGCCGCUAUCUUUGGUACUGAUGGUACCGUUUGGGCUAAGAGUGCUUCCUUCCCUCAGUUUAAGCCAGAGGAGAUUAAUGCUAUUGUCAAAGAAUUCAAUGAACCCGGCAAUCUUGCCCCCACGGGUUUAUUCCUUGGUGGUGCAAAGUACAUGGUGAUCCAAGGCGAGCCUGGAGCCGUCAUUCGUGGAAAGAAGGGAGCUGGAGGGAUCUGCAUCAAGAAAACUGGACAAGCCAUGGUGUUCGGCAUCUAUGAUGAGCCCGUGGCUCCUGGACAAUGCAACAUGAUUGUGGAGAGGUUGGGUGAUUAUCUCGUCGAUCAGGGCAUGUAGUCCUCUCAUCUCUUCUCGUGUACUUCCCUUUGUGGAGUACAUUUUUUUGAAUAUGAUAUGACUUAGUUUUUUGUGUCUAUAGUCUCUCAUACGAGGACAAAUCAAACGGUUUUAAUUUACUGUUCUUUGGAGUUGUGAUCUCCGGGUCCUCAUUAUUAUCCCAGGUUAUGUACCGUUUUAAUGGACUCCAAAAGUUCAAUAACUUGCUACUA